AUGGGUCAAAUAUUGUUGCUCAUAGGCCCGGCCUUGAUCGCCACAUUGGCGAACGCCGUCAUGUACGGCAUUAACCUCACGCAGGCUUCUAUAUGGUACUCUCGCUUGUACAGGCGAGGCGUCAACCAUCCGGAACCCUGGCCGAUGUGUGCCCUUGUGGUUUGGCAUAUUAUGGUUGGCACCUUUUCGGUUGCUUGCGGCGUGGCUCUGCGGCAUUAUGUCUUUUCCGACUCAGGUAAUCUGAAUUCGAACGAGCGAGUCCCGUGGCCAGCUUCGUGCACGCCAAUUGUUACUGUUCUUGCAUCGGUUCCUAUCGUCGUGAGGUCCAUUGUUGCUCUCACAAUUCAUGCGCUCAGCUCUGUGAAGGCCUCUCUUCAAUGGCCAAUUGAACGUGCCUACCGCAAUGCGAGCACCGGCGUUCUACUGGCUAUCAGAGCCCCGCUAGUUUUGUCCCUCGCGCAAGGCGGCGUCGGCAUUGCUGUGGCGGUAAAAAUGCUCUUGAGCAGCAGGGUUUCCUCAUUGCACAGUCUGAUUCCGCUGGUGGACACUUGGCUUGUAAUCGCCAUGGUGUGCGACAUCGUAAUGCUGGUCGUCAUUUUGUACAAGUUCAGAUCGCGAUGCACCGCAAACGUCACGGACCAUCUAAACAAAGCAUUUCAGUUGCUGCAUCAGACUGUUAUCAGGUACACGAUAUUGACAACCCUUAGCGGCGCCUUGUGGCUGGCUACGUUCAAUAAAUGGCCUGAGACAAAUAUCUACCUUGUCUUCGCUCUCCCUAUGGGCCGUAUAUAUACGUGCUACUUCCUUUCGUACCGCAACAAUCGCGGGGUCUAUCGACAUGAGGAGCAAUGCGAGGCGGUGGACCUUGGAAUUUCCCUUGGCGAAAGCUCGAGGCAAAGACCAACCCGCGGAAAGUCGUCUGCAGGCGUUGAAAGGGAGACGCGCUUCGGCACCCAGUCAACCUUGUCCAUUACCUGCGCCGGUCCGGAUCCUAGUGUGCUUGAGUCGAAGGAAAUAGCGCUUUCGGUCGAGCACGUCUAG